CCUUUCCGGCAGAGUGGCCUCCGCCAGGGGCCGCUCUGUCCUCGCCAGCUUCGCCAUGGCCGCUUGGCUCUGGGUCACUUGGCCCUGCUGCCCGGUCCAGGCCCUCGCUGUCCCUCGUCCUGCUCUCUGUGCCUCGUGUCCCUCUCAGUGAGCAGCAGAGCCACACCCUGCCUACCCUCCAGGAGAGGCCAUUGUCCCCAUCACACAGACAGUGAUCUAGAACCUACCACCGCACAGAGCCACAUUCUAGAGCUCAGGAGCUGCGACCUCCCCAAUUCUCAAAGCCCCUGGUGGCAGACGAGAGAGAGGGAGGCGCCUGGCUCUCCAUGCUCCCUUCGCGGAACUCCCCGGCUCCAAGGACAAUGUGACAGGACCACCUCUGAGGAGGCUUGGCCCAUAGGUUGCUCUGAGUGCGGCUCCUGGACUGAAGAGGUGAGGGUCCCCCCAGAGGGUCGCCCACCCCCCACAGCCUUGGCCCUCACGUCUCUGAGAGGGAGGAACCCGGCCAGAACCCUUUAGGGCCAGGGAGGGUGGCCAGUGAGGGCAGAGGAGACAGCUCUUCCAGGCUUGUACACCAAGGUUGACGCUGUCCCCCGGGGACUGGUGAGGGCAGAAGAAAGCUGCUCCUCCGGGCAGAGGCCUACCGCUCACUGAGGUCUGGGCUCCAGCUCGGGACCUGCCCUGGAAGCUGUGGCCUGACGUUCUGCCCAUCAGUGGGGCACAAGCAGGGAGGGGUGCGGGGCUGCAGACUCCCAGCACUUGGUCACCCUCCUAUCCAUGGACAGAGCCGGCCAUGGCAGAGGAGGUGUGGGUGGGCACCUGGAGGCCCCACCGCCCCCGGGGGCCCAUCAUGGCCCUCUACAGCAGCCCUGGACCCAAGUACCUGAUUCCACCUACCACAGGCUUUGUGAAGCACACGCCCACCAAGCUGCGGGCACCCGCCUACAGCUUCCGUGGGGCCCCCAUGCUCCUGGCAGAGAACUGCUCUCCAGGGCCUCGCUACAGCGUGAACCCCAAGAUACUGAGGACCGGCAAGGACCUCGGCCCCGCCUUCUCCAUCCUGGGGCGCUACAGCACCAAGACCCUGCUGACCCCUGGCCCCGGCGACUACUUUCCAGAGAGAUCGACCAAGCAUGUGUUCGACUCGGCGCCCAGCCACUCCAUUUCUGCCCGGACCAAGACCUUCCAAGUGGACAGCACCCCAGGCCCCGCCGCCUACAUGCUGCCCGUGGUGAUGGGGCCGCACACGGUCGGCAAGGCCGCCCAGCCCUCCUUCUCCAUCAAAGGCCGCAGCAAGCUGGGCAGCUUCAGUGACGACGUGCACAAGACCCCAGGUCCCGCGGCCUACCGUCAGACCGAUGUGCAGGUGACGAAAUUCAAGGCUCCACAGUACACCAUGGCUGCCCGAGUGGAGCCCCCAGGGGACAAGACCCUCAAGCCAGGACCAGGAGCUCACAGCCCUGAGAAGGUAACAAUGACUAAGCCCUGCGCCCCCAUCGUCACCUUCGGCAUAAAACAUUCUGACUACAUGACACCGCUGGUCGUGGACGUGGACUAGCCCUGGUCUGCACCGCGCCUGGGCUGGAGCCCGGCCCUGGGAUGUGGGCUCAGGGCGCUCCCCCACUGGCCGGCCUGGCCCUGCAGCCCUGCAGAGUGGAACACGCUUGCUCAGACAACUGCGACCCGUUAUUUUUUCUAUGCUACUUUCCCAUUUGCUAAUCUUGUUUGCUGCUGUGCCCACAUAUUUAAUAAAUCAUGGAUUCCAUUGGUGAUGGUUUGUCUUGGGGGGAACGUCAAGCUUUCAGACAGAAGCCCCCAUGGGUCCCGUCCUGGCUUCCAGGGCCUAGGCCCGAGCAGAGACAGCCGGGCUCGAAGGGCAGACACCCGCCCUGAGUUUGGUUGCAGACCCGACGGCCACACCUGCACCCAUCCCUCCUUCCCGCACUCUCCUGCCGCUGUGCUGACUCCACCACUGAUUAGUGGGGUCCCUUUGAAUCCGGACUAAAGCCUGUGACCGCCGUAAAGUGACGCCGCAUGACUUUGGGGUCAGGCCAUUCAACAAAGGACACAGCUGCUGCCUGGACCGCUCACCUUGCUCACCGUCACACCUGGGCAGUCAGCCUAGAUGGGCCCUCAGCUCACACCAGCACCAACCUGCAGAUGCGUGAGCAGGCCUUCAGGGUAUGGCAGCCCAGCCAGUGUCCACCAGGUGAGGCCUGGACAUCGUAGGGCAGAAACUGCUGUCCUCGCUGUGCAUGUCUCAAGUUCCAACCACAGUAACCUUAAGACAUAAAUUACUACCACGCCUUCAGGUGACUAAGUUUUAAGGUGACCUGUUCCACAUCACAGCGAUACAGGAAGAACAGGAAGACACGGGCAGGAAGGUAGCGUCCAAGCUGUGCCUGAGAGGGGCAUUUCCAGACACUGCCCCGGGACCCACGGUCGGGCCUUGAGGAGUGGGGUCUGGAUUUCACCUCGGCCUUGGGGAGAGGCCACCGAGGCUCUCAGGGUGGGAGGCCCUGCCUGUGGCCCCUGGGGGACCACCAGCACAAGACGAAGAGCGUGGCUGCUGAUGCUCCCUCGGCUGCAGCCCCGCGAGGCUACAGGUCACACCCACCCAUUCAGCGCCUAAGAGGCAAUGCUUCCAUCCCCCGAGUGACAGGAUCUUGGCAGUAAAAGGUGAGCAGCGAGAAGUGACCAGCUGCCUGAUGGGCCUGGGA